AUGUCUCUGCUGAACGACGGUAUCUUGAUGGAGGACUUCUAUGACCCAGAAAUGGAAGGCCUGGACUCCUUCUAUCAGUAUCCGUACUGCUACCGACCUCGUCAGCGUAGCUGCUACUACCCUAGGGGUUAUGGUUAUGGCUAUGGCUAUGGUUAUGGCGGCGGCUAUGGUUCCAAGUGGCGUCCUGGCUACACUUGGCAAUAUCCACAGUACUGCCCCCCACAGUAUUAUGGCCCCGGUCGCUGGCCAUGUUACUACCCUGGCAAGAGGUGGCCGUGUUAA